UGCCUUCCACAUAUAAGCGCAUGAGUAGAGUUGCUUACUGCAUACAGUACUUAGCCUUUCGAAGCAACUGUCUGGGUUCUUAUUGUAUUAGAAGUGUGUGUUAUAUAUCUAAAUAUGGCUUUUAAGUAUUUGACAGCGGUUCUUCUGCUAGCAGUAUAUGUACAAAGUCGCGUGGUGUACAAGAAGUCGGAUCUGCAGCCUGAAGGGAGUUUCUCACAUUCCCUCCACAGUCCCAUAAUAGGGCACCAUUUAGCACACCACUACAUACCAGAGGACGAGCACGUCGAUUAUUACGCAUAUCCAAAAUAUGUGUUCAAAUAUGGCGUUAACGAUUUUCACACUGGGGACAUAAAGACUCAUCAUGAAAGCAGGGACGGCGAUGUCGUUAAAGGUCAAUACACCGUAGUAGAGCCAGACGGCUCCAUCCGAACCGUGGACUACACUGCCGACAAACACAAUGGUUUCAACGCUGUUGUCCAUAGAACUGCACCUAUUUCGCCCCAUGAAGCUCAUUUUUCACACUAAACUUUUAAUCUUAGUCUUUCAUAUGUGAAAUGAAACUGAGACCAACAACUCUUGGAAAAACAAUAUAGUAUUCAAAUUUAGAACAGAUAAACCGUUUUACAUAUAACAUUAUACAAAAAGUAAAUGAAUGCAUCCAAGAAGUAAUUAUGUGAAAUUGAAAUGGUUUUAAGAAUUUUAAAAACAGAAUUUAGAUCUCAACACGUUUUUCUGUUAUUUAUUUUUAAAAUUAAUAUCUAAAAAUUGUGUUUUUUUUUUUGGUAACACAGUGUACCUGAGUAGGUUGUAAAAUGUGUUAACUGUAAUGUUUUAUAAUAUAUACUUAGUUAAUAUUAAUGUUUAAUCGUAAUAUUUGUUGUGUGCUUGAAAUUAUGUAGAAAUUAUUUAAUAAAGUUAUUUUUGUUACAAUUUUUAA